GCGGCGCGGCCCGUCAGGCACUGCGGUCGGCGCGCCGGGAGCCGGCAGGACCCGGACCCCAAGAUGACUGCGCCCAGCCAAGUAGCCUCGGCCGCCUCCGGCGGUGGCGGGAGCGGCAGCUUUGGAUCGUGGCUAGACGGGCGAUUGGAGGCGCUGGGAGUGGACCGAGCCGUUUACGGCGCCUACAUUCUGGGUGUCCUGCAGGAGGAGGAGGAAGAAGAAAAGCUGGACGCUCUGCAAGGUAUCCUCUCCGCUUUCCUGGAAGAAGAUUCCCUCCUUAAUGUCUGCAAGGAGAUUGUGGAACGAUGGUCGGAAACUCAGAACGUUGUCACCAAAGUGAAAAAAGAAGAUGAAGUACAGGCCAUUGCGACCCUAAUUGAGAAGCAGGCACAGAUCGUGGUGAAGCCCAGAAUGGUAUCAGAAGAGGAGAAGCAGAGAAAAGCUGCCCUCCUGGCCCAGUAUGCUGAUGUGACAGAUGAAGAGGAUGAAGCAGAUGAGAAGGAUGAUUCAGGUGCCACCACAAUGAACAUUGGUUCUGACAAAUCUCUGUUUCGAAACACCAAUGUGGAAGAUGUCCUCAAUGCCCGAAAACUGGAGCGGGACUCGCUUCGGGAUGAGUCCCAAAGGAAGAAGGAACAGGACAAGCUGCAGAGGGAGAGAGACAAACUAGCCAAACAAGAGCGCAAGGAAAAGGAAAAGAAAAGGACACAGAGAGGGGAGCGAAAGCGAUAACCUUGGCCCACUCUAUUCUUUCCCCCACCAUGAACUUCAUCACACAGCAACUGGUUGUACAAAUGUGUAUUUAAGAGAAAUGAGAGAACAUUACAAAGUGGUUUCCCAAGGCAUUUCCCCUUUGUUUACAUGGUCAAAAGGAAAAUCACAAUCACUUUUAAUUACAAAAUGUGCCAUGUUUUGGUGGUGUGAGCAAUCAGAUUAUUAUAGUUGAUGUCUGUACCAAAGAUCUGGAAUGGGGGAAACCUUUAUAUUUUAAUACUGAAGUCCUAUGCACCUUUGGCCAUUUUAUAAAGUCUUCCCUCACCUUUGAUAAAUAGCAGAAGGGUUCAAGCUAACAGUUACAGUUUUCAUCCUGAAGGAGUAGAAACAUGAUCACUCCUUCCCUGAGAUGAAAUGUGGGAGUGUACUUUGCUUUGGAGGCAAUAUUCAUUUAUUCUUAAAUGUAUUACAGUAUUGUUUUAUGGCUGAAAUAGCUAAUGAAGAGCCCUACCUGGAUCCAGAUUUUAUGUUACAUGGCUGCAAACUAGGAAAAUGGGAAGAAAUUAUUUGGGGGAUGUUCUGGAUCUGAGAAUGUUUUUUUAGAAAGUUUCAGCCUAUGGGAGGAAAAGAAGUAUCUUUAAACAGAGAUAAUUACAUAUUUUUCCUCAUCUAGGCUAUUGCUUUAAGGAUGUGUCAUUGGAUGCAAUGCAAGGAUAUCAUUGGUAGCUGGAUUCAUUUUUUUUUUUUUUUUUUGAGACAGAGUCUCACUCUGUUGCCCAGGCUAGAGUGCC